CCGUUGCAGACAACUUUCUCUGCUCUCGUCUUUUCAUUUUGUCUUUGGUUAUAUUUUUGUUUCUGUGAAAAUGAUAAAUCGCACUCUUCUGCGUGCAGCUGCGCGCUCGCUCCAGGCUGGCCGUCCCGUCGCGGGUCGUCGGUAUGCUUCCUCGGCAGUGUUUAACUGGGAGGACCCCCUCGCUGCGGAGGAGCUGUAUACGUCAGAGGAAUUGGCUAUUCAGGAUACUGCGCGACAGUACUGCCAGGAACGGUUGAUGCCCCGGAUCCUAGAGGCCUACCGCAACGAAGACUAUGACCGCAAGAUUCUGGAGGAGAUGGGCGAGCUCGGCCUUCUGGGCGCUUCAAUCGAGGGAUACGAGUGUGCUGGCGUGAGCACUGUGGCCUCAGGCCUGAUCACCAAGGAGGUCGAGCGCGUGGACUCCGGAUACCGAUCAGGCAUGUCGGUGCAGAGCUCAUUGGCAAUGACGGGUAUCUACGAAUUCGGUACGGAGGAGCAGAAGCAGCGCUUCCUCCCUGGUUUGGCCAAGGGCAAGAUCGCCGGUUGCUUCGGCCUGACGGAGCCAAAUCACGGCUCCGACCCUGGCUCCAUGGAAACCGUGGCCCGCGAGCACCCGACACAGAAGGGCACAUAUCUGCUGACUGGCAGCAAGACCUGGAUCACCAACUCGCCCAUCGCGGACGUGGCGCUGGUCUGGGCCAAGCUGGAGACGACGGGAAAGAUUAAGGGUUUCAUCGUUGAGCGCUCGCGCUGCCCACCGGGUACAUUCGAGACUCCCGCUAUUAAGAAUAAGAGCGCCUUGCGGGCGUCCAUCACUGGUAUGAUCCAGAUGGAUGACUGCCCCGUGCCGGCGGAGAAUAUGUUCCCCGAUGUGGAGGGCCUGACGGGACCGUUCACCUGCCUGAACAGCGCUCGUCUGGGAAUUGCUUUUGGCAGCAUGGGUGCCCUGGAGGACUGUCUUGCCCGUGCUCGGGAGUACAGUCUCGAGCGCAAGCAGUUCAAGGGUAACCCGCUGGCUAAGUACCAGCUCGUUCAGAAGAAGCUGGCUGAUGCGGCGACGGAUGCUGCUUAUGGCACAUUGGCUGCGGUUCAAGUGGCUCGUCUCAAGGAUGCUGGCAAGGCUACGCCAGAGAUGAUCUCCAUGAUCAAGCGUCAGAACUGCGAUCGGGCAUUGGCCAACUCACGGAUUCUCCAAGAAAUCUUUGGUGGUAAUGCUGCCAGCGAUGAGUACCACAUUGGUCGCCAUGUGGCCAACCUAUUUGUGGUGCAGACCUACGAGGGUCAGAGUGACAUUCACGCUCUGAUUCUGGGCCGAGCCAUCACUGGCAAGCAGGCCUUUGUUUGAGGUGGGAGUUGGAUAAUAUUGUACUACACUUAUUUGCAUUCUUUUCCUUCCCUGUACUCAGGGUCAUAUAAACUUGUAUAGAAUCUUCCCAGACAAGGAAGAACUCGGAGCGCGGAUGCCUUCCCCAUCAGGCCAAGGCCAGCGCCUCACCCGCACGUGACAUCAUCGAGGGUCUGAAAAAUGAAAAACUGAGGCAUCAACUUUUUGAAUACCACAAAGACCAACAUAUGAUAAAGCAGAUCUGUAUCUCUGUAAAAUCCCAACUUCUGACGAGUAUCAAAGCAGACAUAAACAAAAUGUAGAUUACCUC